AUGCUCGUGUCGGCUUCCAUGGCGUAUGCCACUGCGCAAGUCCAGGCGGAUAUCCUGGCGGGAAUCCCGGGGGAGCGGGAGCGGAGGAUCGACGCGGAAUUUGUAACCCGAGAGCUCGGGGAACUCGAAUUCGCCGCAUACUCCCCCGCUUCGAGCCUCUCCUCGUCUGCGCGACCAGUGCCGUUUCCGCGCAACGCCAUUCCAUCUCUUGACCUCGGCCCGCUGUCGUCGAAGGCGGAUGCGCGCAACCCGCCGGCCAAGGUCGCGCGCGGCAGAGCGGGAGAUUCGGCGGAGAAGCCAAAGCUGACUGGGCGGGAAGGCGCGGGGAAAGGGACUGUGCGGGAAGGGACGUUCGGGGGUGAAGCGGGUGUGAAUUCGAGAGAGAUUAAGAAAGAAAGGUUCCCCAGCGAAGGCGAAUCUUUCCCGAAAACUCUUCGCACAGGUGGUUACUUUGAUUGCGAAGAUGAAGUGGAUAUGCUUCGACACAAGCUAGAACCAUCUACCGAGGAGGACAUUAACGCUAAAACGGUUCAUCGUAAGGAGAUCGACGGCCAAAGGCUUAAACUGGUUUUGGCGGACGAGGAGGAGUCGGAUGCGGAAGGACCAGUGAGUGCGCGGAAGGAGGGGGAGCUGGCGGCGGAAGAAACGGCGGAGGUAACAAUUGCGGAACGAGACGCGGAGACCGACACGGAGACGAAGGAGACGCGGCUUCGUCGAUUCCUCGAUGACUCCGUUGACUGCGUUGACUGUGCUGAACCUGCUGAUUAUGUUGACGGCUCCCAAAUUGGAAAUUCAGCCGGGCCGGAAGCCGUUUCCGCUGCUGCAGCUGCUGAUGCUCCAACCAAGCGGACACGGAAGAAUGCGCGGAAGGCUCGCGGGAAGAAGGGGGCAAAGAAGUCCGCGGGAAAGAAACAAAGCCACGGCGUUGCGGAAAACGAACGGCGAGCGCAGCAUCCCGACGCAGCGACGGCGGCAGUCGAGGCGCAUGCUGACGUGGCUUCCGAACCCACAGCGACGAGGGGACCAAGCGGUUUGCUGGCGUCUCCGCUGGCGUCGGCUGCGGAGUCCGCACCGGCGGAAAGAACUAACGCGGAGGCGGAAAGAAGCGCGGGAGGGGACAGCGAGCAAGAAAUUGCGACUGAAAAAGUAACGGGCGGACAAGACGCGGAGCUGGAUGCGGCGCGAUCGGGAGUUGCGGAAGGCAGCACGAUGGCGGAAAACAGCGGAGUGGCGGAAGGCAGCGCGGGGGCGGAAAACGUGGCGCAACGCCUGAACGUCCAAGGCGCGGGAACGGCGGACGAGGCAACACACGAACAUCGCCGUCUUACCGAGGUGACUAUUAGCGAAUCAUACGGUGAUGACGUGGAGGAGGAGCUGCGCACGUGUCAGGCGGGAAUGGCGGCGGAGGAGGAGGCGGAUAUCCGGCGGGAGCUGGAAAAUGCGCUGAUGCUUGGCUCGAGCGACGGGGAAGCGGGAGAGGCGGAAGCUGAGCAGAACUGGGGAGAAGGAAAACGAGGAGAAGACGGAGGAGAAGGAGGAGGAAUAGGAGAGGAAAGAAUGGGGGAAGGAGAGGGAGUAAGAGAAGCAGAAGGAGAGUUGAUUUUUGAGGAUUGCGUUGAGAAUGGAGAAGGAGAGACGAGGGAGACGGGGGAGCGUGAGCGGGGUUCGAUUGUGGUCGUUGGUGGAGAAAUCGAAGGUGAGGGUAGCGAGUGUGACGAUAAGGAUGCGUUUCUGGAAAUCGAUUUGAUUGCGCUGCAGGAGGAGGCGGAGAAGGCGGAAGAGGCGGAAGAGGCGGAAGAGGCGGAAGUAGCGGAAGAAGCGGGAGAUGAAGAGGAGGAAGACGAGGAAGACGAAGAGGAGGACGGGACGGCGGGAAUCGCGGAGGAUGGUGCGGAGGAGGCCAAGGGUGACCAAGAGGAGGAUACGAUACUGAUCGAUGGAGCGGGAGCGGAAGCAGAGGCGGAAGCGGAAUCAGAAGCGGAAGCGGAGGCGCCAUGCGAAGAUGAGGGCGCCUCGGGAAAUGCGGCGGAAGCAGAGGCGCUGCAGCAGGAGGAGGAGAGAAUUGAGGCUGAGGCCACUUCUGGAAAAGAGGAAGCGGGAGAAGCGGAUAAUAAGCGGGAAAACGGAGAAAUUAAUUUUGUGGAAGGGGAGGACCCGGAAUGUGUCUUUGAUGCGCCUCGAGAGCGAUUUCGUUCUCCGGAGCAGGCUGAUAUUCCGGAGGGGGGAAGCGGGGCUCAUCUUGCGGAGGUGGAGGAGGACGCGGAGUGGAUUGCGCUGCUCGAGGAGAGCCUGGCGGAACGCGCGCGGGAGCGGCAGCGGGAGGCGGUGGAACGAGAGGCGGCGGAACGAGAGGCGGCGGAACGAGAUGCCGCGCUGAUUGCGGGUGGCGGUGGUGUGAAUCCCUUUGCGAUAGCGCCGGGGGAGAGCGAGGCGGAGAGCGAGGCGGAGGUGGAGGCGGAGGGGGAGGCGGAGGGGGAGGCGGAGGGGGAGGCGGAGAGCGACGAGGAGAGUGAGCCGGCGAGCGAGGCGGAAGAAAUCGAGAUGAUUAGCCCGAGAAGAAGCGCGCCGAGCGGCGGAUUUGCGCUCGCCGCUCCGACUUGUGAGGGGAUAUCGGUUGGUGAAGAGGAGAGUGUGGACGGCGAUAGUGACGUGGAGGAGGACGAGAGUGACGUGGAUGAGGAGCAGAGUGACGUGGAGCAGAGUGAUGCAGAGGAAGACGAGAGUGACGUGGAGGAGGAUGAGAGUGACGUGGAGGAGGAUGAGAGUGACGUGGAGGAGGAGCAAAGUGACGUGGAGGAGAUCGAGAUGAUCAGCAAUCCGCGGAGUAUGGGGGGAAGCGAGAGGCGGAGUGAGAAGGCGGGAGGAGAGUUUGCGGGUGAAACCAUUGGAGGCUAUGGGGUUGACGAGACUGAUGAGACCGAUGAGGUGGAGAUGAAGGGACGGGGAGAAGAGGAGGAGGAGAAAGAGGAGGAAAAGGAGAAAGAGGAGGAAGAGGAGGAAGAGGAGGAAGAGGAGGAAGAGGAGGAAGAGGAACGGGAGAGAGAGGAGGGGGAGAACGAAGUGGAGGAGGAGGAGGGAGGCGGGGAAGCAGCUGUGACUGUGUCUUCGCGCUUCCCUUCGCCCCUCCCUUCGCCACACCACUCCGACGCCUCGUGUCGGUCAGCUGGGUCAAAGCACUCGGUCAAGUCAAUCCAGUCAAGGCGAUCAGCAAACUCUCGGACUUCACGCGCAUCUCAAGAGUCCAAAAAGUCAACGGGGUCAAACGAAUCAGAAAGAUCCCAAAAGUCAAUCCAGCCAACGCACUCCAAGGCGUCAAUCCGAGAAGCUGCCGCCCAGCCUGACCCUGCUUCCACCACUUGUGCCGCCCAGCUUGACCCUACCUCCGUCACAGCUGCCGCCCGCACAUUCCCUCUCUUCACCACGAUGACGUCAUCACCCGUGGCUGCAACUGCUGGCCGUACCGAGCCCUUCUCCCUGCCGGCCUCUGCUGAUGUAGCAGUAUUUAGGUUCGGGAUAUACGGUAUCUGUGCAUUGCAAAACCCACUGAUGCUUUACCAGGUCAUUCACACACCUGUUCUCCUCUCUCUCUGCUCGCCUCUCUUCCGUCUGCCCCUACUCUGCCCACCAGUGCGGCCGGCCGUCAUACUUCUCGCGUACUGGCGGGCCAUUUGCAACAGCACACGACCAGCCUUCCUCUUCCGCAAGGCAAUCAAAUCCACACCGGAAUAA